AUGAAAAUCGGAGGAGGCGGUGAAGGAUGGUGGUUGGAGGAGGCGAUGAAUAAGAUGAACGAGGAGGAGCGAUAUGAGGGUGGUUUGGAAAAGGUUGGAAUGGAGUUGGGGAAGAUGAAAGUUAAAGGCUACUUUAAUAAUGAGAUCUUGUUCCUGACUGUAUCCCAAUCUUCGAAUGUACAACAACUAAGGCAAGAUAUUUGGGGGUUUCUUUCAAGAAGCAAACUCAAUGGGAGUUAUGAGACUGGGAUUGCCCUAUUAGCUCCUUUGGAGAUCAUUGUUGAACUGGGAGUCAUUGGGGUUUCUCUUGUGGACCAUAGACCAAAAGAGCUUGUGUACUUUUACCUGGAGAGGGUUUUUGUAUCUUAUUCAACUGGUUAUGAUACUGGGAUCACAAGCAGGUUCAAGCUGAUACUCGGUCAUCUGCAGCUUGACAACCAACUUCCUUUGACAUAUAUGCCUGUACUUUUGGCACCUGAAGAAGCCUCUGAUAUGAAUCACCCUGUUUUCAAAAUGACAAUUACAACAUGCAAUGAGACCCCUGAUGGUAUCCAGGUCUACCCAUACGUCUACAUACGGGUAACUGACAAAAUUUGGAGGAUAAACAUUCAUGAGCCAAUCAGCGAGUCCCUUGUUGUCUUUAAACUUCCCUCAAUAUUACCUAAUACCCAAAUAACCAAGAAGAAGAAGAAGAAGAAGAAGAAAGAAGAAGGUGGUCAUAACUAA